CUUCACUCAAGAAGGCUACAGCAGUUAGGCUAAAAAAUCUUGAAGGCCUAAUUAAAAACAAGAAACAACUGUAGACUGAGUCAGAUGUCUGUCUUUCUUUCUGACAUGCACCUGUGGUCUUUGAAGAGCACCUUACGUUUCGAAGACCGAGACAUUGGGAUCUACCAUUAUUAUGACAGGAAAGAGCCAGAAUCACAAAUAAACCCAGGCUACCUACAGCAGAAGCAACAGUUGGCGCAAUCUCGAGAUUAUCCAUGGGUGCUUAAGAAUAAACGUCCGGAAAAGCUGCACGACGCGCUUAAGGAGCUAGAGGAGCUGCUGCAAAGCAGGCAGUGCGUGCUGAGCAAAUGGAAGAGCAAACACGUCUGUCAGCUCCUCUUUCAUUCAGGUGUGCUGGUGUCCCUAAGCCUUUCUGGGCCGCAGCUGGAGCGAGUGGUGAUUGACAGGACCCUGGUGGGGAAGCUCAUCUCUGACACCAUCAGUGACGCCAUACUUACCGACAGUUUCAUGAUCUUGUCGUUUUGGGAGCAAACCAAGCUGUGUUUCGUUUAUUUCGCAAAGAAGGCCGGUUCUCCUGACGUCAACAAAAGAGUCGAAAAACUCUCAUCCUUGGAUUUUAAGAUAUCUUACCUCGACAUACCAGGGCCUGGGAAUAGAAGACUGAAGCAUCGUCUAGCAAUAAACAGGAUACAGGACAUGGUCAUUUGCUGGUGGUCUCUGGCCAACGACGAAGCAUGGUCCUGGUCUCCAGUCUGCAGCGAGCGAGAGAGAGCCAACUUGCUGCUUUUGAAAUGGGAACAUGGCAACUGGGAGAUUCUGAGUUACGUUCGUACAGACGGAGAUCCGCUUGACGCAGGUUUUAGCCUCAGCCAGCCUUAUCAGGUUCAUACCGUGGAACAUUCGCUCAGCACGGACCAAGACCCCAUGGCCGACAGUUGCAUCUAUGAAUAUGUUAGGAAUAAAGUUCAGUGUGUGGCAGUCACCAAAAUACCACUAAGAUCCAAGGCCAUCAGCUGCUGCAGGAACCACACAGAAGACAAACUCGUCCUGGGAUGUGAAGAUUCGUCAGUCGUCCUGUACGAAUCCUACCGCCAAGUAACUCUCAUUGCAGAGGCAGACGUGUUGCCUUCCUUAAUGUGCUGCCAUCCCAGUGGAGCUCUAAUACUCGUGGGCAGUUCACAAGGGGAGCUACAGCUGUUUGACAUGGCACUGUCCCCCCUUAAAAUGCAACUUCUAGCGGAAGACUUCUCAGCCAAAGCCACACUGCAGUUCAGUGAACAUUUUGAUAUAUCCAGCAGUCUUGUCCAAAUCCAGUGGGCUGCCCCUCAAGUCUCAGCUCAAAGCACGGAUGGGGUCGACGUACAUGAUCUUCUGUUACUUAGGUUUGACAAAGGACCCAUUGGAGGGCUUCGUUUCAAAACUGGUGUUUUCCCAAAAGGCCAUCUUGGCCUUGUUGAAGUCGUCCAGGAGUAUAUUCAUCAAGAUGAGAUGUAUGAAGCGAUUAAUAUCCUGAGCAGCAUGAACUGGAACACGAUGGGCCAUCAAUGCUACGUGAGCCUUACUGCCAUAGUGAACCAUCUUCUCAGGCAAAAGCUGACGCCCGAGAGAGAAGCUCAGCUGGAGGCAAGCCUUGGAGCCUUUUACGCACCGGCGAGACCCCUCUCGGAGACAACAGUGUUGGGAUACAGGGAUCCCGUCAGCAGAUACGCGAGAAGGUUCUUCCACCAUCUGCUGAGGUAUCAAAGAUUUGAGAAGGCUUUUCUGCUUGCUGUUGAUAUAGGUGCCCGUGAUUUGUUUAUG